AUCAACGCUUAAAAUGACCAAAAAGAAAUGGAUUGCUAACUUGAAACACAUGGUGAAUAAGAGUCCUUUAUAUUCAAAUUUUAUUAUUGGCUUUGUGAUGCUGGGACUUGAACAACUUGUGGAGAUAGAUUUUGCAUGCCCUUGUAAUCCAAAGCUGAAUCUGGUGUUCUCAGCUGCGUAUUUUGUCAUUCCUGCUCUAUUUUCCUUUGCACUCUUGUUUUAUAUCCAAAGCUCACAAUGCAAAUAUUCAAGCUGUUUGCACUGUGCAGCAGUUUGUCUCACUCCAGCCCUUCUUUGGAUCAUGCUGCUGUUCUUUGAUGGACAAUACUUUGCCUGUGCAAAAACUUCAUGGGAAGGACUGACGGUUCACACUGACAUAUCCGCUUCAACAACAUGGUGUAAGCCACUGAAUAAACCUGAUAACAUCACAGAAAAACAAAUGGCAUUUUUUAGCUAUCGAAAUAAUUCUCAGAUAGCGGGACUGUGCAUACUGCUCCUGAUCUCCCUGCCCCUAAUAUGGAUGGGAAUUAAGAGGUGGCACUACACAUCAACAAGAACCAAAGAACCUGAUGAUGAACAAUUGGAAAUGGAGGAUUUUGGAAAUAGCCCAACACCCCCUCCAGACAGCCCCUCAUUUAUUGUGGAUCAAGACAGAACUUCAUCUUAA